AGAGAGAAAGGGAAAAAGAAUAUGUGCGCAUUGAUCAUCACUCACUCACUCACAAUCUUCUAUAGGCCCCGCCAUUUUAAUUCCCACUCUUCCCUUUCAAUAUUUAUACAGCCACUCCAAAUUCCAAAUUUACCAGUCCCCACUUUCCAAUAAAUUCAAUUCUCUCAUAUCGUUUAGUUUAUGUUUAAUAAACCAAAUUCGAAUCGCUCAAUACCACGCACCGUUUCAUCAAAUGCCAACGCCCGUCGGAGUCGCCAGACAAUGCUUAACAACGGAGGCCGCGCGUGCCCUCGACGAGGCAGUUACGGUUGCGCGGCGUCGCGGUCACGCGCAAACGACAUCGCUUCACGCCGUUUCAGCUCUUCUCUCGCUACCGUCGUCGUCGAUUCUCCGCGACGCGUGUUCCCGCGCGCGAAACUCGGCGUAUUCUCCGCGGCUUCAGUUUAAAGCACUUGACCUUUGUCUCUCGGUUUCGCUUGACCGUGCUCCGUCUUCUCACAGCCACGUUUCAUCUGAGCAUGACCCUCCCGUUUCGAACUCUCUCAUGGCUGCGAUUAAACGGUCUCAGGCUAAUCAACGGCGUCACCCUGAUAACUUCCACUUCUAUCACCAAAACCAACAGCAACAGCAGCAGCAACCGUUUUCUGUUUCUUCUGUUAAGGUUGAGCUUCAGCACUUGAUUCUAUCGAUUCUCGAUGACCCGGUGGUGAGUCGGGUUUUCGCUGAAGCGGGUUUUCGGAGCUCCGAUAUUAAGCUUGCUAUUCUUCGUCCUCUGCCUCACAUGUUCCGUUCCCGCGGCCCGCCGAUUUUUCUUUGUAACUUGUCGGAGCCGCCGCGCCGGUUUCCGUUUUUUUCGAACUUCGGCGAUGAGGAUGACGGCGAGAAUUUCAGGAGGAUUGGGGAGCUUUUGGUUCGAAGUAGGGGGAGGAAUCCGCUACUUCUCGGAGCGUGCGCGAGUGAUGCGCUGCGAAGGUUUACUGAGGCGGUAGAGAAACGGAGGGAGGGGGUUUUGCCGUUGGAGCUUUCGGGGUUGCGCGUGGCUUGUAUUGGGAAGGAGGUGGAGAGUGGUGAUGUUGAGGUUGUGGGUUCGAGGGUGAAGGAGAUUGGGCGAAUGGCGGAGCACUGUGUGGGGCCUGGUGUGGUGGUGAGUUUGGGGGAGUUGAAGGGGUUUGUGAGAGAGGGUGGUGAUGGUGAUGGUGAUGAUGGUGUUAUGAAGUGUGUGAUUGGGGAAUUGGGGAAGUUGUUGGAGGUUCAUUAUGAUAAGUUUUGGUUGAUCGGUGCUGCAGCUAGCUAUGAGAGCUAUUUGAAGUUUGUGGGCAGGUUUCCUUCUAUAGAGAAAGAUUGGGAUUUGCAGAUUCUGCCUAUCACCUCUGUUAGGUCUUCUGAAUCGUAUCCGAGACCCAGGUCCAGCUUAAUGGAUUCAUUUGUACCAUUUGGUGGCUUUUUUUCAUCACAGUCUGAUUUAAAAGGUCCACUAAAUGGCUCAUUUUAUUGUGUUCCCAACUGUCAUCAGUGUGGUGAAAGGUGUGAGCAUGAAGUCCUUACUGCUGCAAAGGAAAGAUUUUCUGCUUCAGCUGCCGAUCUGUGUCAAUCUAACAUGCCUCCGUGGUUGCAGAUUGCUGAAUUAGGCACAGCAAAAGGAUUGAAUGUUAAGACCAAAGAUAAUGGUGUUUUGCUGGAUAGUGGUGAGUCUGGGCUCCCGCCUAAGAACUUGGGCAAGAUGUGCCAGCAUCUGCACCAGCGAAUCCCUGAUGCAAAUACUUGUCCAACUGUUUUGGGGUUUCAUUGUGUUGCUGACAAUAAAAAGGAAGAUGCCGAAAACUGCAGCAGCAAAAUUACAGACAAAUCACCUAGUGAAUACAUUAAUCUCAACUCGCAUGUACCCAUUGGCAUGAAAAUGAUGUCUACGUCACAAUCAAGCAGUCCUUUUCCUGCAGUUUUCCAAGCCAAGCAGGGGAAACGUAGUUCAAAACUUGCUGAUAUGUUCCAGAAAAUGGAAGAUCACGAAUCAGGUGACCUAAGAUCAUGCAACAUGUCCAAUUCAAGUGUGUGUGAUGGUAGUGAAAUGUCUCCCACAUCUGUAACUUCUGUAACCACAGAUCUUGGGUUAGGAAUAUGCUGUUCUCCUACCAGCAAUAGAUCAAAGAAACCAACUGCUCAAUACUCAAUGGAGCCUCCAAAGGAAAUCCCCAGUAGAUUUUCUUCAAACUUUAAUUUGGUUGAUGGGAAUAUCUUCAAGCAUCCAUCGGAAUCUUCAUCCUGCUUGAGUUUUGACUAUUGUGGACAAGUUGAUGCAAGAAAUCCCAAAAUUCUUUUUGAAGCUCUUUCCAAGGAUGUAAGCUGGCAAGAUGAAGCCUUACGGGCUAUCGUCAAGACAAUAGUCUGCAGCCCAACAAAAGGGGUUACACACCGUGGAGCAAAUCAGCCAGGGAUCAUACGGAUGAAUUUUGUGGGACCUGAUAGGCUCGGUAAAAAGAAAGUUGCCGUUUCUUUGGCUGAGUUAUUGUAUGGGAGCCGGGAAAACUUUAUUUUUGUGAAUCUAAGUUCUGAAGAAAUGAAAAGAUGCAAUGUGAAAUUCAGAGGGAAGACUACUCUUGAUUUUAUCGUAGGGGAGUGUUGCAAGAAACCCUUGUCUGUAGUUUUCCUUGAAAAUGUAGACAAGGCAGAUAUUGUAGCUCAAAAUAGCUUGUCUCAAGCCAUCAAGACAGGAAAAAUUACAGACUCACAUGGACGAGAAGUUAGUGUAAACAACGCAAUGUUUGUUUUUUCUUUCUUGGAAUACCAAAAUAGUUCGAUGCUAACAGGGGAACCUUCCAACUACUCUGAGGAAAGAAUACUGAGGGCAACGGGGGGAGGUAUCAAGAUAAAGGUUGAACAAGUGAAUGGAGACACUAGAAGCCAAAGCAUCAGUGUAGCUAACAGUUCAAUAGACUCCAUUCCUAAUCAAAUUUUCCUAACCAAACGAAAGUUGAUUGGUGAUAAUGAAUUUCAUGACCCACAUUUACUCUCUGAUACGGCUAAAAGGGCACAUACAACGUCAAAUUGGCUUUUAGAUUUGAAUCUUCCAGCUGAAGAGAAUGAACUGAAACAACCAAAUGAUGGAAACUCUGGACAUGUCGCAACAGAGAACCAAAAUCUUUGGUUACAAGUUUUGUGUGAUCUGGUUCAUGAUACAGCUGUUUUUAAACCUUAUGAUUUUGAUGCACUUGCGGGUAGAAUUUUGAAACUGAUCAAAAGUAACUUCAACAAAAUUCUUGGACUCGAGUGUGCCUUGCAGAUCCAGACAGAAGUCAUGGACCAAUUGCUUGCAGCACAAUAUGUCUCAGAGAGGGAUAAGGAGGUGGAGAACUGGGUGGAGCAAGUUCUUUGUGAAGGGUUUACUGAAAUACAGAGAAGGUACAACGUCUCUGCUAGUUCUAUUGUGAAACUUACUACAUGUCCAGAGCAAACUCCUUGUGUACACCUUCCCCCAAGGAUAAUUUUAGACUGAAUUCCAACCAGCAAAUGUUGUCUUUUCUAUGCGGAUGUAUAAUUUAGCUGUAGCAUAUAGUAAAACUAAUUUAGCCUUUAAUCCUAUUAUUUUGUUUGGUUUCUUUCUCUAGGUUUUAAUUGUGUAUAAUAUGUAAUCUGCAGUUAGUGCUUUGUGUGAUUAUCCUUUGCAUAUUAAAUCGAAUGCCUUCUUUGUUGGCUUUUUUUUUUUUUCAAGUUGUUACAAUAUACAUGUACUGAUGAAUCUAUUUCGGCCCAAAAAUAAGAGGUGUUUUAUGUUCU